AAUAAUAGCUGGUCAAGGCUUAUAAAAGGCCCAUUGUGGAAGUCAUUGCCAAAACUCAAAAACUCCUCCCAGCAACCCAACUCUCAGCCAGCUCCCGACACCAUGGCCUGCUGCUCCACUAACUUCUGUGGGUUCCCCAGCUGCUCCACCGCUGGGACCUGUGGCUCCAGCUGCUGCCAGCCAACCUGCUUCACUACCAGCUCCUGUGGAACCGGCUGUGGCACUGGCUAUGGCACCGGCUAUGGCACCGGCUACGGCCUGGAGGGUGGCUCCGGAGCUGUGAGCUGCCGCACCAGGUGGUGCCGCCCUGACUGCCGCGUGGAGGGCACCGUCCUGCCCCCCUGCUGUGUGGUGAGCUGCAUACCCCCAUCCUGCUGCCAGCUGCACCAUGCCCAGGCCUCCUGCUGCCGCCCAUCCUACUGUGGACAGUCCUCCUGCCGCCCCGCCUGCUGUGCCUACUGCUGUGAGCCCACCUGCUAAAAGCCAGGUUGCUGAUUUUUAACUUGAAGUUUCAACUUCUAACUCAACUUAUGAAUAUCUCAACUACCCUGGACCAUUAGCAAAAUCUUGAACUUUUACUGGGCUCUUUGUUGUGGGAGUUACCAAAUAUUUGGGCUUCACAGAGCUAUCUGAUUCCAUUCUACACCAGAAAGACUUUGAUCUCCCCCACUAAGGCUGCCAAAAUACAAAUUUGGUGCCAGAAAUGGGAAAAGCAGUUUGCCUUGGAAUUGACCUUCAGCAAACAUUUGCUCCUACUCUCCGUGGUUCAGUGCUGCGAAGGCCAUAGAAGAACCAUCUGCCCUUCUCAGAUACAUUCACCUCUUAUACUCCACUGUCCUGAAAAUUGCACUUCCUAUGAAAAAGGAAUAAAAUAUCAAUACCUAAUAAACUAUAUAUACUUGA